UUCAAUAAUUGAGAAAAAAAUAGAAAAGAAAAGCUAAAAAUUACACAAAAAUAAACACAAAAUGUACGAAAAUCCAGAAUAAUUCACGCGAUCGGUAUUAUUUACCAGCAAAUCGCUUGUGUGAUAAGUGUUUUAAUUGUGAUUAAUAUUAAAAAUAAUAAUUGGUGUUUUUUAUUAAGUGUUGUAUUGCUUCGUCGGAUAAAAAAAAGAAAAUAAAUAUUUGUGAAAAGUGUAUGAAAAGGUGCGAAGAAAAAAGCUUGGAAACGACAAAGUGACGAAAAAAUGCUUGAAAAAUCCAAAUUUUAACUAAAAAAUAUUGAAAAAGAUUAAAAAAAGAAAAAAAUUGCACAAAAGACCAAGCAUACACACAACACACGUCGUUCACACAUACUUUUGAUUGGAUAAAGUUUCACAUACGAAACCAUCGACACAACACAGGAUUAUCUCAAAAAAUCGGUAAUUCACGGAAAAUCCCAAAUCAAAAGAUAAACCUGCGACGUGAACGAGCGAAUACGAGAGCGGCAGAAAAAUAUUACCGCAACACAUCGUACAAGUGCAAAAAGUGUCUCGUUUAUGCUUUAAAUGUGAAAUUUUUCUCGAUUUCCACGCAAGAACCUGCAAAUAUAUACAAAAAUUAUUGUUGUUGUUGUUGUUAGACACAACGCGAAGAUAUUUACUGACUGAGCACGACGACGACGACGACGUGAAAAUAGAAAAAAAGUAAGAAAAAAGGAGUAAAGUGUAUAAGCCUAGCUGAGAACUUUAUGGAAUCAAAUAAAAUAUUAAAUGUUCUCGUCAGUUCGCAUCAUAAAAUCUAGUCAAAAAAAAAACGUUUAAUUACGCAGUCAUUUACGGAAUAAAGUGAAUUAAAAUAAAUAAAAAGGGACAUUAAAUAAUUAACCCUUUUUUUAAAACGACACACAAAAGAGAGAAAAGAAAAUUACCAAGCGACACACAAAAAAAAAAAAAGUUUUUAGAAAAAUGUCACUUCAACCCUCAACGAAACGGAGAAAAGUUGUUCUCACAACGAAUUUCAUCACCUACAUUCUCGUCACACUACUCGGAUUAUGCAUUGGCGGGAAUUUGUGUGCCUGGCAGGAGAACAUCAGACCAAAACUAUAUGUUGAAUUAGGAUCCGAUAUCGUGGCGAAAUUCCAAGGGAAUGAAUCAACAAUCGAUCACUUUAAAUUAGUGCUACGUGAUGGCAAUAGUUUACUUGUAGGCGGAAGAAAUGUCGUUUACAACCUCACACUAUCCGACUUGCAGGAACAACAACGUCUCGUUUGGUAUUCGCCGGAGGAAGACGUUAAAAUGUGUGAAAUGAAGGGAAAAGAUGAGAGUUCCUGCCAGAAUUACAUUCGAGUGCUUGUGACGCCGACGCCUGGUCGAUUGAUGGUUUGCGGGACAAACUCGUUUCGACCCAUGUGCCAUACGUACGAGAUCACAGCAACAAAUUACACGCGAGUGCUCGAGAAGCCAGGACAAGCGCUGUGCCCGUACGAUCCGCAUCACAACUCGACUGCCGUCUUUGUGGAUAACGAAUUGUAUUCCGGAACAGUUGCUGAUUUUAGCGGAAGUGAUCCGAUUAUCUACCGGGAGCCGCUUCAAACGGAGCAAUAUGAUAGUUUGAGUUUGAAUGCGCCCAAUUUCGUCGGUUCCUUCAAUCAAGGGGACUUUGUGUAUUUCUUCUUCCGCGAAACAGCUGUCGAGUUCAUUAAUUGCGGAAAGUCUGUCUUCAGUCGCGUCGCACGUGUUUGCAAAUGGGAUAAAGGAGGUCCCCACAGAUUCCGUAAUCGUUGGACAUCAUUCCUCAAAUCUCGUUUAAAUUGCUCCAUGCCGGGCGAUUUUCCCUUUUACUUUGACGAAAUACAAUCGACAAGCGAUUUGGUUGACGGCAAAUACGGCAGCGAUAGCAGCACAAAAUUAAUCUAUGGCAUUUUCACGACGCCAACUAACGCAAUUGGCGGUUCUGCGGUAUGCGCGUUCUCGUUGCAAGACAUCGCCGAUACGUUCGAGGGUAAUUUCAAGGAGCAAGGAAGCAUAACGUCAAAUUGGCUGCCGGUAAAAAGUGAAAAGGUGCCUGAACCACGCCCUGGAUUGUGUCAUAAUGAUUCACGUACGUUGCCGGAUCAAACGCUCAACUUUAUCAAAACGCACGCUUUGAUGGAUGAAACGGUUCCUGCGUUCUUUGGACAACCCAUUUUGACGAGAAUUAGCAGCAUUUAUCGUUUUACCCAAAUUGCGGUUGAUCCACAAAUUCAAACGCCCGGAGGAAAAACUUACGAUGUCAUUUUCGUUGGAACAGAUCACGGCAAAAUAAUUAAAGCAGUGAAUGCUGAAUCAGCUGACACAAGUAAAAAAGUUUCUUCCGUCAUUAUCGAAGAAUUAGAUGUUUUGAACAAACAUGAACCAAUUCGCAACUUACAAAUCGUUCGCAGCACAGAAAUUAAUGCCGACGGAAGCCCAACAGAAGACGAAGGCAAACUCAUUAUUGUCACCGAUAGUCAAGUGCUUGCCAUCAAAUUGCAUCGCUGUAACAACGAACGGAUCACAAGUUGCUCCGAAUGCGUCGCCCUUCAAGAUCCGUAUUGCGCUUGGGACAAAAUCAACGGAAAAUGCAAGUCAUACGGAGCUCCGCGAUGGAACGAUGAUUCCGUUUUCUACCAAAACGUUGCAACGGGACAACAUGCCGCUUGUCCUUCGGGCAGAGUAUCGUCAAAAGACGCAAAUGCGGGCGAACAAAAGGGAUAUCGCGGCGAUGGCGACUUCGAUGGGCGUCGUCAUGGCGAUCAAAAUAGCGGAGAAGUGAUAAAUAUCAUGCACGAAAAUAAUUUCAAUGGAAACGGGCCUCAUAUCUCGCCGGAAAUCAUUAAUGCGCUCUAUUCGGUUGAAACUCUCGUGAUUGCUGUACUCUCUGGCGUGACAUUUGCAUUAUUAGUUGGCUUCAUAGCUGGUUAUUUGUGCGGAAGGCGUUGUCACAAAGACGAAGAUGAUAAUUUGCCGUAUCCUGACACGGAGUACGAGUAUUUUGAACAACGACAAAAUGUGAAUCGUAAUUUUAGUAUACAAGCUGAACCAAAAUUGCUACCUCAAGUCGAAGAAGUGACGUAUGCCGAGCCAGUUUUAUUACCGAGUGCCCCGAGUCAAAGCAAAAUGCAACAUUCGCCGAAAAAUACGUUGCGCAAACCGAUGGUUGGUCAUCCGCAGCAUCAUGGUGCCAAUUCCGAGACAUUAUUCCAAUUCCAACAACCCGAUGGGUACACGCAACGCGAUGCCUAUCGAGGUAGAGAUAAUUUCGGAACUCUCAGAUCACAUCAAUCCUUACAACAAGGAGACAAUUACCGCGGAGGAAGAGACGGCUUUUCAACAACACGGAGCGUAAAGAAAGGUCUCAACACAACAACUUCCAACAACACCAACCAGCGCAACAUCAAUAAUCGCAGUCUUGGUCGAAUGAGAAGGCAGCCGCCCCGACAUGGCGUAGCAGGACUAAAUCGUCCCGAAAGUCCUCUACAACAUCAACAUCAACAAAUACAAGCUCCAUCGCAAAAUCAUCUCCAUCAUCUCAGUAAUGCACCAUCUGGAUCUGGUUCUUCCCCCUCUGUCAUGUCUAACUGUAGCAGCUCUCCGGCGCCUCCAUCAAGUAGUCCCAGCCCUCAAGAAAGUCCUCAAAAGAAUUGCAGCUAUAUUUAUCGCGACUGAUUA